CAAAAUUGUGUGUGCUCCAGUUAUUGCUCACACUGUCUGAAGUGAAUAAAGAGAAUUUAUUCUAAGGUUGCUGCAGUUGUAGUCGUGGAAUGUUAGGUUAUGUGACUAUCCGCAUCUUAUACUGAUUCUGAAAGGGAAUAACGUGAACGCUGCUGGUUAGUGAGUCUCUAGCACUGAUCAACAUGUUGGCAGAAGGCAUCCUAACUGGAAUCAUAUACAAAGAAAGAAAACAGGACAUAGUUAAACCCCACAAAUGUCACAUACACAGAAAAGAUGAACGGGAAACCUGGAAAGAUCACCUUAUAGAUACACCAGCAAUUAAUGAUUUUGCUUCAGAAUCUGAGAAGCAGAAUGAGAUCAUUGCAAAAGGUAGCAAAAUUGAAGAUAAUAAAGAGCUUCUAUGGAAAUCUAAAGAAGAGCUACCUGCAAAAGAAUAUAAUGCACAUGUUAAAGGGACAAUAUCUGCAGCUUUACAUAUACCAGGAAGAGAACAAAAUCAUGAAAACCAGGUGGAUUUGUAUAGAUCCUGGUCGUGCCACAGUAUUUAUCAAAACUAUCCUGACUUACAUAUUGGAGGAGACCAUGUAGGAGGCUAUAUGCGGGAUUCAGGUUGCAUUAUGGACCACAUAAGUGAUGAACUUGUUGAUGGCCCAGUUUUACUGUCAGGAGAUAUUCUAUUGGGUCAUUCCCCUCAAAAUGAGCCUCUUGAAAAAACAGCUACAAAGUCCUUGAAUGGUGAUGAAGGUGGAGAAAGGAGUAUGACACUCCACAAGCAGCCUCUUUCGAAUUCUGUGCUGAAUAACUACAUGGAUACAAAGGUGGAAGAGCUCUAUAAACAGUUUUUUGAAGAGAACCUGACCAGGUGUGGUUCUGUAACAAACCUCCUGACUUCCAGUUUGAUCAUGAAUAAUCUAAAACAGAUAAACCUUCAGAUCUCCCAAGAACAGACUAUAGAAACAUGUAAAGCUAGAGAAGUGCUUUUACAUUCUCUGGCUUUGUUUAGUUUCCGCAAUGCUGCCAGUGGAAACAGCUCUGAAUUUAGUACUCCAAAUUUACAGUUCUCAAACUUGCCAAGCAAGAGAAAGAGCUCCCGGGUACAGUUUACAUCAUGACUGCACUGUUUGGUUACAGCAGUGGUUCUCAAACUUUUGUACUGGUGACCCCUUUCACACACAAGCCUCUGAGUGUGACCCUCCUUAUAAAUUAAAAACAGUUUUUUAUAUAUUUAACACCAUUAUAAAUGCUGGAGGCAAAGCACGGUUUGAAGUGGAGGCUCACAGCUCGCAACCCCCCCAUGUAAUAACCUCGGGACCCCCUGAGGGGUAGUGACCCUCAGUUUGAGAAUCCCUGGGUUACAGCCUAUUCUUCAGCUGCGGUCUCUUCUCUUUCAGGAUUAGUUUGUGAUAUGUACCAAAAUUAGACACUACUGACUUUUUAAAAUAAAUUUUGACAUUUAAACCAUACUUUGUCUGUGAUGCCACUUCAUUGCUUGUUACUGGACUAAGAUAAAGAUCAUCUGUCUUUGGGUGGUUGAAUGUAAUCCAAAUGAAAUUUUUUUACAAAAUCCUAUUGAGCCAAAUUUUCAAAGUGGCCUAAGACCAGCUUCUAAGAGUCCAGCCCCGCCAACACCUAGUAUGUGAGUAAUUAUACACAGGACUAGUACUUAUGCAAUCAAAGUUAGUCACGUGCAUUAAUGCUGGGAAGAUUUUGCCUUAAGAAAUUAAUCCAGAACCCAAUGAAGUUGAUGGUUAGACUCACAUUGAUUUCAGUGAUCUUUGGAUAAGGCCAUAAAUUUGAACCCAUAAUUUUGUGCAUUUAAAUUUAGUGGUUGCUAUUGCAGAUUUCACCCAUUAUGUCUGAGAAAACGGCCUUCUGUUUUGAAAAUCCUGUUUAACAAUUUGGUUUAUUCUGCAUAGCAUCUUACAUAUAUCAAAUGUAUAUAAAAAUGUUUAUCAGAGAGGAAAAUCAAUGACAAUACUCUAUAGAAGGAUGAUAUGUGCAUUUAUAUGAAGUUAAUACAUGUUUUGUAUUAUACAGGUAGAGUACAUUACAAUGGAAAACUAUAGAUACAUCAGCUUCUAAAAAUUUAAAUAACAGGUCAA